AUGAAAGGUUUUACAUGUCUAAUACAUAUGUUGAUUUUGACUUGGUCAAGUAUUUUCCAGUGUUACUAUGUGAAUAGUACACUUUACUCAUAUCCAUUGCAUACAUUUGGAAGAGCAGGAUUAUCUGGUGUAUCAAAACAAACAUUUUUAAGUCCAUGGAAUUCAAAAUACGCUGAAAAUCAUAACGAUUAUACGAAAAAAAUUAUUUUAAUAACGAUUUGUUAUUCAAUGAUCACGAUACAUCUGUGUCACCGUCAUCAUCAUCAUCAUCAUCCUUAUCUCCAUAUUCGUUAUUAUCACCAUCGGAAUUAG